AGGACAAGUUUAUCAAAAUUAGAAUCCAAGAUGGACAACCUAGAAAUCAAGGUGAACAACCUAGAAAAGGCACAUUUUGAACUAAAAUCCAAGGUGGACGGAAUGCCAGCUAAAUUAACAGGAUUAGUCUUCACCAGCAUAAUCGGAGCGACCGCACUUAUAGGUGUAUUUAGUUGA